AUGUUGUACAUGUUUUAUACUCAGACUACUGAUAUGCUUGCAUUACGUGACUUCAUCUUCAAGAAAGACAAAAAACAUGUAAGUUAAAGUUAUUGUAUAGAUAUAUUCGUAUGUUAAGUUAACGUUAGGGUCUCAGUUUGGGCACAGGCCUUCAGGCCUACUUGUACCCAGCCCUUUUCAAAUUUGAUUCGGCAUUGCUCAGUUUCAAAUUAGGUAAGGGCUUUUAGGAUAUCUUUGCAAUAGGUCUAGUACUACAAAUUUAAAAAAGUCUUGGCGUCAAAAUGUAUUAAUUUGCUUACUGAAAAGCGCCAAGGUUUUUUUCACUGACUGAGGUAAGGUAGAGUAGAGUAGGGUAGAAUAUGAUAAGGUAGGGUAAGGUAGGGCAAGUUAAGAUGAAAGAUAGGGUAAAACCAGGUAGAAUAGGGUAUAGUAAGGUAAGGUACAAUACGGUAGGGUAGGGUGGGGUAAGGCAACGUAAGAUAAGGUAGAGUAGGUUAAAGAAGCCAAGGAACAACUUUUAAAUUCUGUCUACAGUGUUUGGCGUGGACCCGAUUUGAAAAAGAUUUGAACCGGGCUGGGUCGGACCGAACAUAAAAAAUAGCCGGACCGGACCUGAAAAAAUGGCUGCCGGACAGUCCAGGCAAAACACUGUCCGUCUAUCCCUACGCAGUGAAUUUAAAACUUUUUUAUACCGAAACUCCUGUAUAACGUACAAAUUUAAAGCUUUCGAACAAUUCGUUAUAAAAGAGUUUGUCUUGAAUACUAUCAAAACUUGAAGCAUAGUUAAUUACAAUGACUUUUAUGACAUUAUAAUUGGGCGACAGACUUGAAAACUGCACUAAAUUGUUUCUUCAAAAAUUAGUUUUUGGUAUUAUAUAAUAGUACAAUAUAACUCUUGUAUAACGAAACGCAAAAAUUUUUAAAAUUUCUUUGUUAUGAAAGAGUUUUGGUAUAGAGAAGUUCUAAAUGCACACUGUAGAGUUAAAGAUUUAAAAGCUGUUCGUUAGGCAAAAUUUUCGUUAUGAAUGAGUUAGUUUUACAUAAGUUCUACUGUAUUAUAUAAACCUUUAUAUAAACCUUCAAAAUCCUAAAUUUUAAAGUGUUCGACACAAAAACUAAUAAAAAAUAUGUUUUCAGUUGGCAGUGUUCUUGAUCUCAGUGGCAUAUACCGUCACUGCCGCAUUGGGCUGUUUUGCUUUGGGCUUUACAUCAAACUACAAUAUGAACAUUGCCAAUUAUUCGUGGAUGCUGAUCGAUUCCUCCUGUUUCACCUUGUUUGUCAGCUUCCUGCUUUGCUUUAUUGGGAACAUUGGAAUGAUUAAAAUGUUGUAUAUUCCUGCCAUUUUGUGCUCUGUAAGUUUUUUUAAAAUUUUUUGUUAGAAAAUAGUAUCGUACUAUACUGAUUUAUCUGAUAACUUGUGUAACAGUAAACAGAUAGUAGUACAAGCUCUGCAUGAUAUGAAUAGAUUAAGUAAGGAGAGGUAAUGAAGAUUACAGUCAAUGUUUAAGAUGAAAUAGCUCUUGUCCUUGGCUCAUGGCUUUACAUAUUAAAGUUUAUUUUAGUAUCUUUUGCAAAUGUAGCAGUUUCUCUUACUUUACACCAAAAAAAGUGUAAACCUUGAAUUACAUUUGCACAGAGAUGUCGGUUGUAAAGUGGAUCACAAACCGUUCCCUUUUCUGUUCAAUUUCCCACUCACUUCCGGUCAUUUGUCAACGAAUUUUGUCGACGGAAAUCGAAAAAAAUGUUCUUUUUUGAAAAGAUUACACUCCUCUUUUUUAAAAUCUAGACUUUUUUAAAUCUAGGCUUCUUUAAAAAGAAUCUUUAUAAUAUGCUUUUGGCUUCCAGGUUUUAGUACUGUUUAUACAGUGAAACGAACUCUUCUAUAACGAAACUCCUGUAUAACGAACAACUUUUCAAUCUCCGUCUACCACUACAAAGUGCAUUAAAAACUCCUCUAUAACGAAACUCCUGUAUAAAGAAAAAAUUUCAAGUCCCCGGGCGAUUCGUUAUACAGGAGUUCCACUGUAUUAUAUUAGGUUGUAUAAAAAGUAUAAUAAGCUAUGUUCCUUAUAGCAAUAUAAAUUUCAGUAGAUCAUUACUUUCAUUACAAAUCUCUUAUAUAAUAAACUUUUCUAUAACGAAAUCCUAUAACAAAGUUCUUUUUAACAAGCUACUCUAGAACAAUCUCUUCUAUAGCGAACUUCUUUAUAACAAACUUUUCUGUAAAAAACUCCUCUAUACCAAACUCCUCUAAAACGAGCAAAUUUUAAUUCCCCGUCUACCACUACAUAAUGCAUUAAAAACUCUUGUAUACCAAAACUCCGUUAUAACGAAGAAAUUUUAAAUCACCGAGCGAUUUGUCAUACAUAUGAUUCACUGUAUUCCUAUGUUAUAGUCAGUGUUUUGCCGGACCGGUCCGGUUGAGAAUUUUUUCGGUCCGGUCCAGUAUUUUGAUAAAUAAAAUUAUUAAAAGUUUAUCAAAUACGAAUUUAAAAAUAUUUCCAUAAUAUUUAUGAAAACAUGCGCUUUAGUCAUGAACUUGUAUUAAUCUUGUUUGUGUUAACAUUAAUGUAAUAAUAAGCCAUUAAAGGUUAGAAAACAUACCGAACUAAAUUAAAAAAUUAUAUAUAAGGGACGAGCUAAAUACAUCGGAUGGAAAGUAUCAGACAAAAAAUGCAAUUCCUUGUCUGAUAUUUUUUUCAACGAUCUUUUUUUUCUCUAACUGCCGUCGGCAACGAGAGGAAAAAAAAGAUAGCGGGAAAAUGAUAGACGAAAAUAUCAGACAAGAAAUCGCAUUUUUUGUCUGAUACUUUCCAUCCGAUGUAUUUAGCUCGUCCCUUAUAUAGUGGAGAUUGUUAUAGAAGAGUUGAUUAUACAAAAAUUCGUCGUAGGAGUUCGUGCUACAAGAGCUCCUUGUAAAAAAGGUUCCACUCUACAUAUAAUUUUGUAAAUUUAAAUUUCUAUUUUUUAUACUUUCAGGCCAUUCUUUUCAUUGUUACUGUAGCCACAGUAAUCUCAUCCUUGGCGUUGUUCACCAUCUUUGCCAGUCACAUUACUACCAGUGCCGUUCCUAAUGGUUUCGAAGUUUUAUCACGAAAUGCGACCACAAUCACUGCUUACAUUCUAUUCCAGUUGUUGUGCGCUAUUUGUGGCCAUUUGUAUUACAAACAGUUGAUGUUGCUUAUCAAUGACUAUCACUUCAUUGGCGAGUUUGUUGAACGCUAUCAAAAGGAUGGCAUUGAGCAAAUUGUAAAUGAAAGUUUGGAUGAAGAAGAAUCGAUUGGUCAGGUUGAUAAUAUUUAUAAAAUCAGCUAUGGUAGUAUGGUUUAA